AUGCAGUUCAACAACAACAACAACAGACUUGACGACUAUCAAGUAGGGUGGGUGUGCGCACUCCCCUGCGAAACUCAGGCAUCAAAGGAAUUGCUUGAUGAAAUACACCAAUCGCACCAGCCAACUGGGGACGAUAACAACUACAUCCUUGGCAGCAUGGAGGGGCAUAAUGUUGUCAUAGCAUCUACCGGCUCCGACGGAACUAACGCAGCUGCCGAAACGGUCACUAACAUGCUUCGAACGUUCUCCAACAUCCGAUUUGGGUUGAUGGUUGGGAUCGGAGGAGGGGUGCCCGACGUCCCUGCGCUUGACGAUCCCCUGGAGGAUAUUAGGCUUGGUGAUGUUGUUGUCAGCAAGCCGCACCAAAACCACGGCGGCGUGGUCCAGUAUGACAAGGGAAAAUGGCACGAUCAUGAUGAAUUCGAAAGGACAUCACAUCUUAACAAGCCUCCCAAAGUGCUACUCAAAGCGACAGCGAAGUUGCAAAUCGAGCAUAAUGAUGAAACAGGAAAAAUCAACGACUACAUUAAACAUGUACUGGAUGCUUUCGCGUCCCGAAAGAAACUCAAACGAUAUUCCUCUUUUCCAGGAAGAGGGAAUGACCAGCUUUUCCGGUCAGAUUACUCCCACGCUGGCGGUAAAACGUGUUCGAACUGCGAUGCAUCUUGCGCCGUAAAACGUCUAGCCCGAGAGUGUGACGAACCGCAAAUUCAUUAUGGUACUAUAGGAUCGGCCAAUGUUGUUGUGAAGUCUGCCAAAUAUCGUGAUACGCUUCGGGAAAGCGAGAAGAUUAAGUGCUUUGAGAUGGAGGCUGCGGGCUUGAUGGAUAGUUUCCCCUGCUUGGUUAUUAGAGGCAUUUCAGACUACUCGGACAGCCAUAAAAACGAUGGUUGGCAACAAUAUGCUGCCGUUGCAGCGGGGGCAUAUGCUAAGGACCUUCUAAGGGUAAUACCCCCCAAAGAUAUAGCAGCCACAGAUCCAGCGGCCACCAUACCUGGGGUCCUCCCCGUAACCAAGCCUAGCCCUGGAGUCGCCAAUUUUGGGGCCUCUCAGCAAAAGUCACCUAGCGUUGACGUUACACCUCGAAACCAACAUGCGACGCGGUGUUGGAUAGGUCUGGUACAUGCCAACGAUAUUGACAAGGUGCUGGUCUCCCGAGGAGACUCGUUUCGGAGUGAUUUGAGAGAUCUAAUGAGACUAAUGGUUGCGGGGUUUGGCAAUGACUUUGAUUUUAGACUGGGGAAAUACCGAGACUUCAUGACGAAGUAUGGGCUACGAUCGAAUUGGCACCGAUACGGAGGUCAGGAUACUUUGUUUGGUGGCCUUGUCAAAGACAAAGCAGCCGAAAAAUGCAAAUCGGAGCACCUUCCAGACUCUGAAAGACUCCGUGCCGCGAGGGCUUUUGCGUUCAUCCAGAUCAGUCAAAAUGGGGGGGUGGUGCAAUUCUUGGUGUAUGACACUGUUGUUCGCCUGUGGCAAUAUGCUGAAGGUCUUGAAUGA